ACUUCGGAAAAGGGCGAGAAUGACAAGCUCAUCUGGGGCGUGUCAGCCAUGCAAGGCUGGCGCAUCAGCAUGGAGGAUGCUCACACCGCAGAGCUCGACCUCGGGCCUGUCGUCCUCCAGGGCGACCAAAAGGCCAACAACAACGACCGACUCUCCUUCUUUGGCGUGUUCGACGGGCACGGCGGCGACAAAGUGGCCUUGUUUACAGGCGAGAGCAUGCACAAAAUCAUAUCGAAGCAGGACACGUUCAAGAAGGGCGACUAUGCUCAAGGUCUCAAGGACGGUUUCUUGGCAACCGACCGGGCCAUCCUCAACGGUAUGACACCACACGGCGCCUGCAGGCCAUGUCUACAACAAUGGAGCUGACUCUGAGGUGAUGCAGACCCCAAAUACGAAGAAGAGGUUUCUGGCUGCACCGCCUGCGUGGCCUUGGUGGCUGGCAAGAAGGUCUACGUUGCCAACGCUGGUGACUCUCGAGGUGUCCUGGGCAUCAAGGGCCGCGCCAAGCCCCUGUCGCAAGACCACAAGCCUCAACUGGAGAGUUCGUCUGCCACUGCACGGUCCCGUCAACGCUUUGACUAACACCGCCUCAGCUGAGAAGAACCGUAUCACCGCCGCUGGUGGCUUCGUCGACUUUGGUCGUGUCAAUGGCAACCUCGCCCUGUCGCGUGCCAUUGGCGAUUUUGAGUUCAAGAAGAGCGCCGAGCUUUCUCCUGAGAACCAGAUCGUUACCGCAUACCCCGAUAUCGAGUCACACGAGCUGACUGACGAGGAUGAGUUCUUGGUCCUCGCGUGCGACGGUAUUUGGGACUGCCAGUCUUCCCAGGCUGUCGUCGAAUUUGUCAGGAGAGGCAUCGCCGCCAAGCAGGAUCUCGAGAAGAUCUGCGAGAACAUGAUGGACAACUGUCUCGCCUCCAACUCUGAGACUGGCGGCGUCGGGUGUGACAACAUGACCAUGAUCAUUAUCGGCUUCUUGAACGGCAAGACAAGGGAAGAGUGGUACGACGAGAUCGCCAAGAGAGUCGCCAACGGCGAUGGACCCUGCGCACCCCCCGAAUACGCGGAGUUCCGUGGUCCUGGUGUUCACCACAACUACGAAGACAGCGACAGUGGUUACGAGGUGGAUGCGGAUAACAAGGGCAAGAGCUUUGGUGUCGGUGGGUACAAGGGUCGCAUCAUCUUCCUCGGAGACGGGACUGAGGUUCUUACCGAUUCAGAUGAUACAGAAAUGUUCGAUAACGCCGACGAGGACAAGGACCUCGCCAGCCAAGUCGCCAAGAGCUCCUCCUCCAGCAACACCAGCGAGACGACCGCCGUCACCGCCAAGGACACCGAGUCCACCGACGUCACCAAGACCGAGUCAUCAGCGGACAGCACCGCCGCAGACGAGAAGAAGACCGACGCCACAACCACAGACGAGAGUAAGAAGGACUAGGUGGUUGUCACAUCGUAGGUGGAGGGCACGUCUUGAAAAAGAGCAAAGGAGGAGGUCUGGACAAGCCAGCAACUGUAUACACUGCAAUGUCCGCACUGGCGGACGGCAGGGGGAGGGAGUCUGCAUGAAAGCGCUCAAAGGAGCCGGUGGCUUGGGUGUAUAGACAGCAGACUUUGGGGAAAGGGGGUGAUGGGUGGUGGUGGUGCUUCUUGUUGUCGUUGUCAUUGUGAUUGCCCCUCACAUGUCAAUUACACACACUCAUGUCAUUGUUUCAUCCGCACGCACGCACGCACACACACACAUACACGCUUACAACGAAACAUACACACGCGCAUGUUGUUCUUGGGGUUGGGUUGGGGUCUGAAAGGCUUUGGUAUUACUGGAUUAUAAGAGAUUC